AUGAUCGAAAAAGGAGGCGAUACUGACGGACUGAUCAUCGGAGAAUUUUUGAACACGACUGCCAAUCAGCUCACUUAUUAUGGUAUCGCCGAGGAGGAUGGGAGCUUGACCGUUAUGAACCUUCUGAAUCUAGCUGAAACGAGUGGACGCAACGACAAGACAAACAUUGGCACCGCCGCGCAGAAGAACGCCAACGUCCAAAGCGCUAUCGCCGUGUUCGGCAUGCAAGACGAACAGAAACAGCUCUCAGAAGGAAACAAAACGAUUGGGAAACAAAACGAGGGAAAGUACAAUUGGCAAUUGAUUGGGAAACAAAACGAGAUUGGUCAAAUGAUCGUGAGUGCUCAGACGAAGCAAGAUUCAAGGACUUGCGGAUGCUUCAAACCUCUUCUGGUGGGCUUCAUGAUGACCGUCACCAUCGUCUUCUUCGCCUCGCUCGUCACCAUCGUCUUCUUCUUGGCAACGAGGCAAUGGAGUGGAGCAAUCGAGUCAGCGAAUCGAAGUUGCGCCCUGUGGUUGCGAGGAGAGCGUGCAGUUGCGACAUGGAAAAAAGAAAUGUCUGGUGCUGAUGUUCAAACUGAAGACUUCGGACAUCUCGAGGAUGGAUGCACUGUGUGUACAACCAUUGAGGCGAUUGGAGCACAUUGUCAACAACUCCUGGAUGAGCAGACCGCAAUGGAAAAAGAGCUGGGGUCAGCUACACGAAAGAUUGCGAUGUUUGUUGAACGGUUAGAAAUAGAAUUGGAGGCUAAACAGGCUCUUCAAGCUGAUUACGACCGUGUCAAGGCUGAUCAAGAACAGUUCCUUCUCGAAUUCGAAGAACUUGUGGAUCCUUUAUCGAAAAGCUGGAGCAGUGGAGCUUUGGAUCAAGCGUUUCGAUCGGAUUUCGAUUCGCUCGAAGAAGCUAUUGCGAGGACAAAACGAUUUCGACCAAAGGAUCGUCAAUGUUCUGAAGAAGCAAGGGCCAGGGGCAACGGGGCAAUGAGUGGAGCAAUCGGGUCGCGAAUCGAAGUUGGGCCCUGUUGUUGCGAGGAGAGCAUGCAGUUGCGGCAUAGAAACAACUCACUACAAGAACAGCUCCAAUAUCUCACGGAUGUCGUUGGCAAGGAUGAGACUGAGGGUGAUCACAUGUCUUUGAUGGAACAAAACGAAGAUCUUCGUCAAAAGAAUUAUCAUCUGGAUGCUGAUAACAAGAAGUUACGACAGGAUGUUGAAAUUCUGAAGGGAAGUCAUCAACUUCACACGGAUAUGAAGAACCCCUUGAUCUACUCGUCGGAGCCAUUUGGGAAGGAUGAGCCAACCGAGAAGAAAGAUAUGUCUGACGCUGAAGUUCAAACUGAAGACUUCAGACAUCUCCAGGAUGGACACGCUGUGUGUACAACUAUCAAGAUGAUUGAAGCACUUUAUCAAGAAGUCAAGAAUAAACAGGUCGCAAUGGAAAAAGACCUUUGGAUCAACUACACAAAAACGGCGAGGGUUUUUGAACGCUUAGAAAUAGAAUUGGCGGCUAAGCAGGCUCUUCAAGCUGAUUACGACCGUGUCAAGGCUGAUCAAGACCGUGUCAAGGCUGAUCAACAAAAGCAAAAUGAGAAGCUCCGCGAUGAAAUGAAACAUCAAAGGCUGGUCACGUUUGGGACUAAUGCAGUUUCGGAUCAAACGUGUUCAUCGCUUGCGCAUUCGCUCUCAGAAGCGAUUGGGAAACAAAACGAGCAC